AUGGGAAAUUUGUGUUCGAACGCCAAGAACAACCAUAGCUCGGACCCCUGGGAUGAGAGUGUUGGUGAUGGAUGGCCGAGAAAUGAGCAGCAAUUGCAGGAGGAGUAUAGGAGGUAUUUCAAGAGGAAAGAUGCGUUGGAUGGGGACGACAAGAAAUUUGACAGAGAAGAUAUGGGGUUUGGAGCGAAAGGCAAGAAGAAGACUAAAGCCGAAACACAUUGCGGGUAUAUGAUUGCGACGAUAUCUGAGCUUGCCAGAGCGAAGCAGAUUAAUGUGAAGAAUGAUGAGACGGAAGACAGGCUCCGGAUCUUGGACGUUGGUUGCGGUUCGGGAGAAAUUACUGUUGAUGUUGCUGAGAUGUUUCCUGAAGCACAGGUUGUUGGACUUGAUGUUUCUGCUGCGAUGUUGGAGAGCGCGAAAGUUUAUGCGGAACGAAGAGGGGUUAAGAAUUUGGAGUUUGUGAAGGGGAGUGUAUUUGAUCUUGAGGCGUUGAAGGAGCAGGGGAAAUUCAAUGUGGCGUACACGCAUCAGGUUGUAGCACAUUUACCUGAUCCGGUGUCAGGAUUGAAGGAAAUGGUUGAGGUUGUAAGAACGGGUGGAGCGAUCUGUUUGAGAGAGGGUGAUCUGAGAAGUGGGAGAUUUUGGCCGGAUGGUGAAUAUGACGAAUUGCAAGAGUGUUUUCGAACGAUCAUCAAAGUGCAUGAGGGCAAUGGAGGGACCACAGAUGCUGGGAGGAAAUUGAAAAGCUGGUUGAAAGAGGCUGGAAUCAUUGACAAGGAGAUCCUGACCUCGACGAACGUCACUUCAUAUGAUUCUCCUGAGGGUAGGAGGGAGUAUGGUGGUCAUUGGCCUGGAAGGUGUACCCAAGGACUUUUCGCUGAUCGUGCCAUGGACAUGGGCGUGUCAUCCGAAACGUUGGAGAAGUGGGCAAUGGCUUGGAAAGACUGGAUUGAAGAUGAGGAUGCUGCAUUCGCCAUGAUGCACGGAGAAGUCAUUGCGCGAGUGACUUAG